GUUCUAUCACCUUACAUGUCUUCUGCACCUUUUCAAGAACCUUCUCCGUGGACCACACAAGAUAAAAGAUGAGUCUUAAAGAUUUCCUCAGUGCUUCUGACAUUGCGGCUGCUCUGAGGGAGUGCCAAGCUGCUGAUUCCUUCAACUACAAGAAAUUCUUCCAAACCUGUGGGCUGGCUAAGAAGACAGCCAGCCAAGUGAAAGAUGUCUUCCGGGUCCUGGAUAAUGAUGAGAGUGGCUUUAUUGAAGAAGAAGAACUCAAGUAUUUCCUCCAACGUUUUGAUCCAAGCGCCAGAGAACUGACUUGCACAGAGACUAGAGAUUUUAUGGCCGCAGCUGACCAUGACGGAGAUGGGAAAAUUGGGGCUGAUGAAUUCCAGGAAAUGGUUCAUUCCUAAACACAGUGCAGACUCCGGUGGUGUACAGGGCUCAGUGAUCUUACAGUGGAAUCAAGGCAUGCAAGGUCAUAAAGCUGUGCUUCACAUUCGCUUUAGUCAUCAUCCAUCUCACAUCUUAGCAAGUGAACAAAGUGAACAAGAUGAGUCAGCUUGGUGGAUCUUCUGAAUGUGGGUAUUGUUUCAUGUGGUACGCACUAACCGUCUCUGAAUGUACUAACAAUCCAAUAAAAACAUAUAUACCAUGA